AUGGGUUCAUUAUCGCAACUUACAUCCAAUGCCAUUAUAUGGCCGACUUAUAUGAUCCUAUUGAUCACGGCGUCUAUCGUCGCCUAUUGGAAACGUGAUUCCAAAGCAUUCUUAUCAGCCAAUGGUACACAAAAGGCCCUUCCGUUGGCAUUCAAUUUUGUUGCAUCUGGUCUUGGUGUCGGUGUUCUAAGUGCGUACCCACAAAUUGCUAACAUUAGUGGGUUACAUGGCCUUUUAGUCUAUACAAUUGCUGGUGGAUUACCAAUGUUUGUUUUUGCCUUCUUGGGUCCAUUGAUUAGAAAGAAGACACCAAAUGGGUUCGUGUUGACUGAAUGGGUUUUCCAUAGGUUUGGUUUAAUUUGUGGUUGGUAUUUAAGUGCUUGUACUAUUUUGACUGUUUAUCUGUUCUUAGUCAGUGAAGUUGCAAGUUUGAAAUAUGCUAUUGAAACUAUGACUCAAAUUAAAGCUUUACCUGUUAUAAUCAUUGAAUGUAUUGUGACUACUAUUUACACUACUAUUGGUGGUUUCAAUAUUUCUUUCAUCACGGAUUCAUUACAAGUUUCUGCUGUUUUCGUUUUAUUAAUUAUUGUUGCUUGUGCUAUGGGUAGUUAUAUUGAUAUUGAUAGGUCAAAGAUUGGCCCUUCCGGUUUAUUGAAGUCAAAUAAAUUAGGUUGGCAAUUAAUUUACAUCUUAGUAUUUGCAAUUUUCACUAAUGAUUUCUUUAUGAGCGGGUUUUGGUUACGUACAUUUGCCUCUAGAUCUGACAAAGACUUGAUCAUUGGUUGUUCCAUCGCAUGUUUUAUUUUAGUUAUUUUCUGUACUGUCAUCGGUGUCACUGGUUUCAUUGCCGUUUGGGCCGGUUUAAUUUCCGUUAACGAUGAAGAAAACUCAGGUGCUGCAUUUUUCAUCUUGUUAUCUGAAUUACCAUCUUGGGUUAUGGGGUUUACCAUUGUAUUUUCCGUUAUUUUAUCAACAUGUACUCUAGAUUCUUUACAAAGUGCCUUGGUGUCCACUAUUUCUAAUGAUAUCUUUAGAAAUAAGCUACCAAUUAUGUAUGUUCGUGGUAUUGUUGUUCUAAUCAUGUUCCCCGUGGUGGUAGUAGGGUUAAUUGCGGAAGACGUUUUAAAUAUUUAUUUGAUUGUUGAUUUAUUAUCCAGUAGUGUUGUUCCAGUUUUAGUCGUUGGAUUAUGGUCUAAAUUAGAUAAUAUUUGGUCUGCGUGGGAAGUUGUUGGUGGUGGAUUAAGUGGUAUUUUCUCAGUGUGGGUCUUUGGUACAAUUUAUUAUGGCUCUGCUCGUGAAGGUGGUAGAUUAUUAUUGAUUUCCAACGGGUUAUAUAUAAAUGAUUGGAGUACAUUUGGUGCAUUUUGUGUUGCCCCAGGUUUCGGUAUUAUUGGCUCUCUCAUUAUCUUGAGUAUUAGAUUAACAUGCCUAAAAUUAUACUCAAACCAAGAUGGUAUAUUCUAUUCUAUUUGUACCAAGUAUGGUAAAUAUACAGGUAUACCACAAAUUGCAAGAUGGAUUGAGUUUGGUGAAGAAAAACUAUUGAAAGGUUCCUUUGGAGAUGAAGCUGGAGCAAUAAGUGAAGAUACAGUCAGUGUUGACGAUGUAGGAUCUGAUCACAGUAAACCUGUUCUUAAUAUCGGGGAAACUGAAAGUUUCACGCCUACGUCUUCUACGAUGUUAAAGAAACGUAGUGCUGAAGCAACAACUAUAGAAAUCUAA